GGGGAAAAGGGAAACGGGCGUUGAUCCAACCAAUCCGAUUUGACGACGUUUCGAAGGCGGAAAACGAAAGCCCAACCUGAAAAAGCGCGGCAGAAUUGAAAGUGAAGACGUUCAAACCAAGGACAAUCCUCAAGGUGGUGACCAUGAGUUUCUCCCCUUGCCCACCUGAUGCUCUCGGCGGCAACAUCAUCCAAGAGCAGCGGGACCGCUGGGAGAUGAAACGCUGCCGAGCAGCCAGAGAACUGGUGCUGUCGGAGCAACGUUACUGCCAACAACUGGAGUUGGUCACCACUUAUUUUGUGGAGAUUUUGAAGGCCAAAGGGACUCUGAAAGAGGAUAUUACAGAAAGCAUCUUCAGUUCAAUUAAAGCCAUUCACUCAGUAAACCAGUCUUUGCUAGUUCACUUGGAAAACGGCUACUUCGGAAGAGGCUUCGACCAGUUUUGCCCUCAACUGCACCACUACAACGUCUUCGUGGACAACAUUUACGAUGCCAAAAAAGUGCUCUGGAUCCAGCUGAAGAAAAACAAGGCCUUCAGGCGCUUUAAGAAACUUCAGGAAGCUCGACCUGAGUUCAACAACCACAAGCUGGAGGACUUGCUUCAACUGCCAAUCGAGCGGAUUGAUCAGUAUAAACGUUUACUGCAGGAGAUGACUGCCAACACGAGACCAGAUAACCCAGAGUUCCAACAGCUUUCACGGGCGGUAGCUGCGGUUGAAGAGCUGCACCAGCGUAUCCAGAACAAUACCCGGCGCCACGAGAACCACCUGCAGCUGCGCCGGGUGCAGAAACUGCUGAAGGGGCGAAAGACGAAGGUGUUGGCUGCAGGGAGGUGGUACAUCCGCGAAGGCUGGCUGAAGGUCGUUCCAACCAAAGGUUCGGAUGUGAAACCCAAGAUGUUCUUCUUGUUUUCGGACAUACUUCUGCAAGCCAAGCCAUGCAGCUCCUUGCAUCCCACCGACAGCGAAAAGUUUGCUGGGGAGCACGCGUACCCACUGCAGGAAUGUACUGUGGAAAAGGUGUUCGGCAACACUAAGGGCAAAGGGGGCCUACUCAGUCUGACUUUACCUAAAGCCAAACUCCUGCUUAUGUCAAGCAACCCAGAAGAUUUUAACGACUGGUACCAAAGCCUGUCCUCAGCAGUUAGGAAGCUGCAGCCCAGGUCAACGGUUGUCCUUCAGCCAGAGGAUCCCAACCAGGAACCUCUUGGCUCAGCUUCUGGUGGACAGAAUUUACCAAGCAGCAAUAGCAAUUCUAAUAGGAAGAGGAACAUGGUGAGCAAUGAGCCCAACGAGGCGGGUGAUCUUUCGCACAGACCCACCGGUGAGUGGGAGAGCAGCGUCCCCAAAAGGAUGAAAGAGUCCACUUCAGACCAGAGUUCGGAAGUGUCUACGUCAAGCUGUGUUAUCCUCUGAAAGAAUUCUACCCCGAAUAUGAAAAAGAAUUCCAUGUGUGUUUGGUGGCGGAAUCCUACAGUGACGGUCUGAGAGUUUCACUUCAGACUUUUUCAUUAUUUGAUUGUUUAUGACACACUAAAUUGUCAACUCCUGUGCAAUACGAUAUCUAUUAUAGUAGCUGCUUUAUAUACCAAAUAUGUGAUAUGAAUCUUCCUUUAUUACCCCACUGCUCUUAAUUUGUUGUUCAACAGUGAUAUCAAUAGGUCAGCUACACUCCAGUGUGCAUGUACGUGUCUCAUAUUUAAACAUAAAAACCAGUUACAUUCACGAAUAUUAUCAUUUUGUGUUGUUUAUAUAUAUAUCCGUGUGAAUGAUAUUUUAACCUUACAUGCACAAGUAUACUUUUAUUUGAAUCGUAAAAUGUAUCAUAAUCAUUUUAAUUCAUUUAUGAUGUUAAAACGGAUAGCACCUGAAGAUGGAAAUCAUUUCCCAAUAAAACAUAA